UGUCGAUGACAUCAUGUCGGCCAUGACACAUCGACAGACGACAGCGUGAAGUUAUCAACGUAAUUUAAAUACGAAUGACGAAAUGGCGGUUUCGUCAUCUUAUCGACUAAUAAUGAAAUCAUCCUCUUUUCCCGAUAGAUUAAUAUAUUAUUUUUUGUAUUAUAUAUUUCUACAACAAUUUACAAUAACAGAAUACCGCUGACAAAACUGACCUUUGCUAGGCGCCUGCGUCACCCACCGACCCUGAUCUGCGGUAAGCUGUCAGUGAGAGUUACUGGCAGUCAGUGUUCGUUCGUCGAGUCGAGUGGUUCGGUAUUGUAUUUCCGUUGUGUCCGGGCUUUCUAAUUCAGUAUUGCUCCCGUUCUCUUCCUGUCACUUUUGAAAGAGCAACGCUGUACGUUACGACAGACAGAGAGAAAAACGUCGCAAAGAUGGAUGAGAAAACUGAGCACAUUGUGAUGACGCCAAAAUGCAAGACUACAAAUUCCACAACAUUGAUAAUAGAGAGGCAAGCUCUGAAGCCUCCGACACAAAACGGUACUGAGAACGGCAAUGUCCAUAUUGCAGGCGGUGAUCAUAAGGGAAUUGUUAUCAACAAACAGGCUGUUGCUGUGACAAAUGGAGAAAUAUAUCCUGCUCAGCUCUGCCUACAAUUUAGAGUAUUCCUUGUGAGUGCACAAACUGGCAAACAUACCCAAGAACAAAGGACCUUGCAAUUCUGGUUUAGUGAUGUGCUGCCUGAAGCAGAACAACCAAGUAUUGCACAGGAAUUCUUCAGAGAACUUGUCACUCCACAGGAGUUUCCUAGAGAUUAUGUAGGAUUUAUCAAGAAGAUCAUGAAACUAAUGCAACACAAGUACCCUAGUAUCAAGAAGCUGGAGGUAGAACUAAAGCAACUAGAAGAACCAAUUACACUUCCAACCAGACCAUCUACCGGUCACUUACUAUUCACACUUCCUCGGUCUAAGAAAGUUAUGUGGAAAUCAGUAUCUACGGAUGAAAUCGUCACGGGUCAAGUGAUUGAACUCACGGUAGAAAAAGUUCUGGAGCUUAUUGAAUCCGCGUACCCGAAUCCGGUAACUGUGGUCGAUAUAGCGAAGGAACAUGGUUGGGAAUCAUCAGCUGUGGAAGCCAAAUUAAAAGAACUACAAGAAAAAGGUCUUGUUAAAGCAAUGGAUCAUGGGGCCUUUACUCGUGUCGUCCAUCAAGAUACUCAAGUCCAGGUAGUGAAGCAGAUGCCAACGAUGGCGAGUGCGAAGCAACCUACCAUAGCUAUUAUUACAGCUCAGUAUUGCGAGAAACUCGCUGUGGAUUCGAUGAUCGAAAACAAAGAAACCUUUGUUCGCUACACCACCGUUGGUACCGCAACCUCACCAGACACAUCAGAUGGAGUUCCACGAACAACAUGCCGUUUUGGAGAAUCAAACGUGUACACUUUGGGCAAUAUUGGUGCUCACAGGAUUGUGUGUACUAAAUUACCAACAGUGGGACCUACAAGGGUAGCAAUGUCUACUGCUGCUGGCAAUACCACUACCAGAUUGUUAGGUACUUUCCAAAAGGUGGAUUAUGUCUUCCUUGUCGGAGUCGGUGGAGGUGUCCCUCACUAUACGGAUUAUAAUAAACAUGUACGACUGGGCGAUGUGGUGAUAUCUCAUCCAACACCGCUUAACAAUAAAUAUGCGUACAUUUACUGCGAAAGCGCUAAAAUGAAUGAAAACGGAAACUAUCAUUUCGAAACCAAGGAGUACUGCCCACCAAAUCUCGGUUUACAGGAAAUUGCAGCGUCUCUUAAGAAACAGAUUGAGGACGAAACGACCCCACCGUGGCAGACAUACAUGAAUGAAGGUCUAGAGAUUCUGAAGAAUCAAUCGGAACACGACUUCAAUGCGCCGCCACCAGAAUCUGACAAGUUGUACAUGGCCAUUGGUGAAAGAGACGUUAUUGAAGUAGCUCAUCCAACCGCACCUCAAGAUUCUGAAAAUAAAAGAAUUGUCAGGUGCUCUCGAAUCCACUUGGCGCCAGUGGCAUCCGGUCGACAAAUUGCACGAGAUGACCAACUCAGGCAAAAAUUCGCUAGUCGCUUCGGAGCGCUCGCGUUCGAUGAUGCGAUGGAAGCUGUAGUAGAGAGUAUCCUAGGUAAUUGUCGCGAGAGUUUCGCUGUGAUCCGUGGUAUCUCCGAUUACAAGGAUGGUAUCCGAAGCAAAGAAUGGCAAAGUCAUGCGUCGUUGGCAGCAGCUAGCGUAAUGAAAACUAUAAUUUGCGCCAUGGAUCCACCGACCAAUGACUAAUGUCACUCUUCUAUAUUAUCUUUCUAAUUUUAUUUCACGUAAUAUAUAAUGAAACAUGCAUUUCUUUAUACGAAAAGGGUAGGAUUUAAAAUCAAAAUAGCUGUCAAACAUACACAUAUACAUACUGUACUAAGUACACAAAGAUGGAAGAACGCAAAUGUACUUUAAUUCUACCGAACAAUUCUCGCACCGCUCAAAUUUUUUUACAGAUUUUCUUAGACAAUGCCAUUUUUACAGAUUUUCUUAGACAAUGCCAUUUUUAUAAACAGAUAAAAUUUUUUGUUUGACAAUAUUUCUGAAAAAAUGACUCCACGACUAUCUUAUUAAUAUAAUAAUAUGAAUUAAUAUAAUAAUAAUAUAAACCAUGUUAUUGAUAUUGAAAUUAGGAGCGCUCAAUGUUAAAUUAAUAUCUAUAUUAGAAUAAAAAAUAUAAUUCUUUGUCUCGACACAUUUUAUCUGUAGAUAUAAUAAGAGAAUGGUGCCAUUGUUGUAUCGUGCAGUUGUCAUGUAAUGAUUAACAAGUUAUGAUGCGCAAGUAAAGUAUCGUAUACUUCACAGAAAUAAAAAUUCUGUACAUUCCUGUUGGAUGUACAUUAAAGGUGUUUCAAAGACCAAAUUGUUAGAGGCAAAUUAGGACAAGGACUAAUGAGCGCUGGAAUAUAUGAUGCUUCGAGAUUAUCCGCAAAAUAGACAAAAAAUUUAGCAGUAACUAUUUACUUAACUUAGUCUGACAAUUAUGCUAAGUCCAAAGAAGACAUAGGGCAAAGCAGUUAGGCAGUCUAUUAAAUAGGCGAACUGAUCUAGUUGUAGAUGCGAUAGUCACAAAUGGCAGCUGAAAGUAUACUUGACAGUAUUUAACAAAUCGGAAUCAAAUUAUAGUUACGACAUUGCUGAAGUAAUUAUUACAUGUUUGAGAGUAUAUAUUGAUGUUUUCAUCACAGUUUUGAUCACAGAUAUAUGCAUUCUAUAUUCGCGCAAUAUAAAUCUAAAUGGAAAAUCAUCAAAAACAAAUUCGCAUUUCUCUGAAGAAUCCUACAACAUAUACGGAGAUAUAUACAAGAUAGAUUUCUAUUAAAAUGUGCCAACGUGUUCAUACUUGUUAAAUUUCACUGCCCUUUUUAAAAUCUGGAUAAUAUCCACGUCAAAAAUUUUCGAAAUGAAUUUUCUAAACUUCAAGAUCAGAAAUUUGUCCGAGAUUUAUGAUUUCAUUGUAACGAGAAAUUUCUACUUAAGAAAUUACAGGGUAGUGUGCUGAAACUUAAUGUCUGAAUAUCAAAUUUUAAAUGUGAACCUAAAAAGAUAGAUGAAAUAUAUAUAUAGGAGUGUUGUUAAUGAUGAAAAGAAUCAUAAAAUUUCAGCAAUAGUUAAAAAUAACACAGAAACUACAAAAGUACGAUUGAUUCUAGCCAUAGAGAUAUACAUAGUAAAAAUGUAGUAUUUAUAUUUAUUUAUUUUUCUCUUUUCUUUGUGCACAGUAUAUUACUUUCUUUAGAUAAAAGUUACGUAAAUUCAAAAAAGAAAACAUCUCAUUAAUAUGCAUAGCAUUCAUUUUAGAAAAAUGUUUCGCUUAUGUAGCAAGAACAUUAACGAUCAUUGAACGAUAGGCAGACGUAAAAUUGACACAAACGACAAAAGUCACUUGUUGUGUAGAAGCACACAUUUGAAAUUCUAUCGAAUAUAAAAAAUAACUUUAAUAUAUGUAUACACACACACAUAGAUAAAUAUGAAAAUACAGAAUCUAUAUAUAUAUAUAUAUAUAUACACAAAAAUGUUUAAUAUAUAAUACAUAAUACAUUAUAUAAAUCUCGUAUGCGAGCGAGAGUUAUGUCAUAGAAUACUUUAAAAUAACUUACCUGGCGACAGAUUCCUAUUUUAGGCCUAAUAUUAGUUAUGUUAUAAUCAAUGGAAUUUGUUAUAUUAACCGAGGCUUUAUAGAAGCCACGAGCUUCCAGUCGUGCAUUUGUAUUUGCGUUAUUACGCGCUUUCGAUACUAGUCGCAAUACUGUGUUUUUUACUUGUAUUUAUAUAUUUAUUCCCUACUUACUAGAUUAUAAUAGAUUAUAAAUAUGGCUUAAUAAUUAAUGUAAUAUGUACUAUUGUGUAUACACACAUGUCCACUUAAUUCGUAUUUCGUGGGAUGUUAUCAUCUCUCACAACUCGUGAACAUUUAUUUGAUAAAUAUAAUGUAAGUUAUUAUUUUAUGAUUUUUUGUGUGCAAAUGACUUAUAUGAUAUAAUUUUGAAGCAUUGACUCUUCAGUACAGCUUUUAAUAUCCAAAAAUUUCUGAAGAUGUAGUCAAAGCUUCAAAGUUCCUAUUAAUAUCAUUGUAUUAGAGAAUAUAGGUUUCAUCAAUCUUCAAUUAGAUUUUAUCAAAAACAUGCGUUUUAUUUUUAUUUAUAUAUUUAACUAUAUUAGAUUGUUUAUAUUGUUCAUCAAAUUAUGAAAACAUCAGAACCAUUAUGGCUUUUGGAAGAAAAUGUGUGCUUCGUAUCUAUCCGUACGUAAAUUAGUCUUCCUGUUAACACGCAAGGAUUUAUUAGCAAAGUCUUCUUGAAGUGAGAUUUUGGUAUUCGAGCUUAGAUAUCUUAUAGUGAAGACUGGGAAGUGCCCGUAUCAAAGCUGUCUCUCUCGCACAUGAACAAAUAAAAACAAUGUGCUUUUACUUAUGGGAUGAUGGCAAUGGACUGAUAAUACGUAAAUUGUAGCGAGAUUAUGGAUGACUAAUGUUUCAUGGUAACUACGCAAUGUAUUUACCCAAGUGAUAGACUCGAACGUGGUAUUUAAUCUGCUUCACAGCAGAAAAGAAGCUGUGAUAAUUCUGAUGUUGGCCAUAGUAGAGAAUAAUCGACUUGUCGAUCACAAUGUCAAUUUGUGUCGCUGGAAUUUGAGCACUGCAAUUUGCACACUGCGCACACGCGAAGAGAUGAGAUAAUAUAUCAUCUUUAUAUUGCAGAAAACAUGAGUUAGGUAUAUAUAGUUUCGGUUUGGUAAAAUGUGUAUUAAGCGAUCGAAAAAUACAUUUAAAUUAUAAUAUGUCUCGACGUGUGCUACAAAUAUUACAGCAUUUAUUUACAUCGCAGUAUCACACUCUUUAACUUCUUCGUUUCUUCGUGUGACGAAGUGUUUCAAAAAUAAAUUAUGUGAAUGAGUGUAUUAUUGUGCAUAUAUUAUUAUUAAAUAUAUACGAUCAAUCGUUGA